CGUGCACUCAGUUUAAAAUUCGCCGUCAUGCAGUGCCGUUGUUAUGUUACUUUUAGCAAUUUCGGUUCAAUUUAUACGAUCAAAUAUGUGCUCACCAAAUUGGUCUUUAAAGAUCAGGUCAAUAAUUAAAACAUUAUAUAAUACUUGAACAAUACUGAACUUAGGUAAUACGCUAAACUUACACUCGGUUAAACAUAAAUUGAUACAUGUUAAAAAAAAGGAAUAAAAUCCAUUAAUGUAAUAUGAUAUUCAUUAUUUAUUUGAUUCUACUAUAUUUUUCAAGUAUAACCUGUCACCUAAAUGUAUUCAUUAGCCAAAAAGAAGUGAAAAAAAUUAUGGGUUUAUCAGCAGAGUUAUAUUAUGUACGUGAUGGGGUAGUUAAUACUUAUGCUAUGAAUUUUGAAGUGCCUGUAUCAGCUAGUAUUAAUGAACUCGAGUUUUGUUGGCAAUCACUUACUCGACACUCACUACCAUAUUCUUGGGACGUAGAAUCCAAUAAUGGUAUUGCAAUGAAGAAACCAGAAUUAGAUAUCCCACAGUCAGGUUGGGUGCCUUCACACGUUGAGUCAUUUCAUCUUAAAUUGUUGUGUACUGGUGUAGUAAGCGCAGAAGUCCGCAUUCAACUUGUUAUUAACAUUACUGCAGUUAAUCCAAAACACAAUGACGUCUCUUUAAUCUUUAAGCGUGUGAAAAUUUGUUUGAAAACCAAUGAUAUGCUGUUAGAUACUUUUAUCGGUAAAGAUGAAUCAUUGGAUACAAAUCGUGUCGAUUAUAUACCCUCAAAACAUGACCAACAACAUAAACACAUUUCUUUUGGUCAAAAACAGCAUAUAGUUACAUCCUCUUCAACCAACUCAAAUUUAUCACAUUAUGCAGCUGGAAUAUCUUCUUUAACAACAAGAAAUACUAUAAAGCUCCAAGAGCGUGAAACUCCCGAAGAAUUAAUUUCAACUAAUGGAGCUUUUUACUUUGCUUUAGGUUGUGGUUCCGCACUAAUCAUAACACUAAUAGCAGUUACUUCUGGAUUAAUUUACAGACACUCGAACAAAUUAUUAUUAAGACCUAAAUCAAAAGAAUCAUUCCAUACAAGCUACACCAGUGCAGCAUAUAUAGCUAAUCCAAAUAUGUUAGUCCGUACCAAUUCAGUAUCAAGCACUAAUGAUACUUAUGCAACUAUUCAAAGUGUCAAAAAAGGAAACUGUACUACGGUGAAAACUAUGAGCUCCAACAAUAGUCAUGUAUCGCCAUAUGCUACAAGUUACGUAGCCUCUGCUGGGAACAUUUAUCAUGUUUAUUCAAAACCAACAUCACCAACACCUUCAAAGAUAUCGUAUUAUGCAUGUACACCACUGAUGGCAGUUAAUGACCGUAGAAUAUGUGAUAACUUAGAGGAACGAAUUUUGUCAUUAAGUUCACAUAGUGCUCCAGUUAAAUUAGAAAAACUAUUAUUAGAAGGUGCAUUUAGUAAGGUGUACCAAGGAACUUAUCAAAUCGAUAAAGGUUGUUCUCAAGAAGUAUUUGUCAAAACAGUUACUGGUGAUGCUGCAUCUCAACAAGUGACUAUAUUCCUAUCUGAAAGUUUGAUGUUACAUGGUAUAUCUGGACAUUUAAACAUCUUACAGCCAAUUGCCGUUUGUCAAUUUGCUGAUAAACCUCCUUCAGUAUUGUAUCCCUUCAGUAAUAAAGGAAACUUAAAAAAAUUUCUUUAUGACUGUAAAAGAAAAUCUAAUGAUUAUUAUAGUCUUACCACUCAAGAUAUCGUUGAUAUGGGAGUUCAACUUUGUUUAGGUUGUGUAUACUUACACAGCCAAGGGAUAUGCCAUAGAGACAUAUCUGCCAGAAAUUGUGUAGUUGACGAAAAAUUAAGAGUUAAGCUUUCUGAUAGUGGUUUAUCAAGAGACUUAUUUCCAGAAGACUACUCAUGUUUGGACGAUAAUGAAAAUCGACCUAUUAAAUGGAUGGCAUUAGAAAGUAUCUUAUUACGCACAUACAACGGAGCGUCAGAUGUUUGGUCAUUUGGUGUUCUACUUUGGGAACUCGUAUGUCUCGGAACUCAGCCAUAUGGUGAUAUUGAUCCGUAUGAUCUCAGUCAUUACCUUCAAGAAGGUUAUAGACUUUCUCAACCAAUAAACUGCCCAGAUGAUCUAUUUGGCAUGAUGACUUGCUGUUGGUUACCUAAUCCAGAAGAAAGGCCGUCCUCCGCUCAAGUAUUGACGUAUUUGCAAGAUUUUCAUAAAACUCUUAAUCAAUUUAUAUGAAUUCAUUAAGGAAUAUUGUAUUUCCUUAAUAUUUUAUAUCUGUUAUGAUUAUUUAAUUUAUUUAUUAUACAUUUAUAAUAUAACCAUAUUUAUUUCAUACAGUGAAUUAAUAAAAUCUUGCAUGAAAUAUGGAUAUGUAAAAUACAUAACGUAGUAAUGUUAUUCAAUAUUUAAUAGUUAUUAUAUUCUUACGUUUAAUGUUUUUUGUCUCUAAAAUAUUAUUAAUUUUUUAUAAUUGAAUAAUUAUGUUUUCAAAACAUAGCUUAUUAUUAUAUGCAUUUUAAAGAAGGAGCUAGAAACAAUUUUUUUCUUCGUUAACAUUGACACAGCCGAUAUCAGCCGUCCACUUAUUUUAAUAUGACAAAUGGUGUCAUCGGGUGUCUCCCUGCCCUUGACACCAUGACAAGAUCGCCGCCGACUAUGAAUUACUAAUGAUGCGUUCUGUUCCGUUUCCGACGUUCGCCUUAACUGGUCGAUAC